CGCUCAUCGGUGGGUCAGGUAACGCUGUUCUACCAAGUCUAGAGGGUAACUCAUCACUGAUUAGCGACUGCACUUGGCAGCCUCGGGGCGGAGCAGAGAAAAAAGCUCCAGCCGCUCUCCUACCUGUGAGUUACUGCUAAGAAACGACCAGUCAGUUACAAGCAUCUAUUGCUCCAUUGUCCAGGAGGCAGCUGGGGGCAGAUGCGCCAUGCAGGGGCUGAGUCUGAGGACCUCACAGAACUCCCUGGCCUGGAAGGGCAGGAACAAAGUAGUGUUACAGACCGAAGAGAGCUGCUGUUAAACUGGUCUGUUUAAGGUGGGCUGCUGGGUCCAUGCAGAGCCGCUCAGAUCAGCAGCAUGUAAAACACAGCCGGGGCAAUGACAGAGCCUGCCACUGUGAAACCCUGGUCUCUUCUCUCGCAGGAGUGAACUUCAGUCUGGAUCAGUGCAGCCCGAAUGGAACAGACCCCUACAAGCCCAAGUGCCCUGAGAGCAAUAAGGACAAGCGGCCCGUCUUCCCCGAAUGGCUGACAGUCAUCUUGCUCUGCCUGUAUCUGCUCUUCACAAACAUCCUCCUCCUCAACCUACUCAUCGCCAUGUUCAACUACACGUUUCAGCAGGUGCAGGAGCACACCGACCAGAUCUGGAAGUUCCAGCGGCACGACCUGAUUGAGGAGUAUCACGGCCGGCCUGCUGCUCCCCCGCCCUUCAUCCUCUUCAACCAUCUGCAGCUCUUUGUCAAGAGGGUCCUGCUCCGGCAACCAGCAAAGCGGCACAAACAGCUCAAAGAAAAGCUGGAGAAGAACGAGGAAGCGGCCCUUCUCUCCUGGGAGACGUACCUGAAGGAGAACUACCUGCAGCACCAGCAGUGCCAGGAGAAGCAGAACAUGGAGCAAAAGAUCCGAGAUGUUGCGCAGAGGGUAGACGUGUUGGUGGAGUUGCUGGAUUUGGAUCGGGUGAAGAGGACCGGACUGGUGGAGCAGAGGCUGACUGGUCUGGAAGAGCAGAUGUUGCAGACAGCCAAGACCCUGGCCUGGAUCGUGCGGGCCCUGCGUGGGAAUGGAUUUGGUUCAGAGGAGGAUGCCCCCACCAUGGUCCCCAGCAAAGCCCCGGAGCUGAAGGAGUACGGCUCAGAGGAGAAGCCCGAGGAGACGACAGCUCCGUACCAUGUGAGCGCCCGCAACCUCCUCUAUCCCAGCUCCUCCACAGUGCGUUUCCCAGUGCCGGACGAGAAGGUGCCCUGGGAGGUGGAGUUCCAGAUCUAUGACCCUCCCUUCUACACGGCAGACAGGAAGGAGGUGGUUGCGUGUGAUCCUCUCAGAGACUCCCUGGAGUCUCUUUCGAAGAUAAACUACAAUGCGAUGGACGGACUGAUCAACCGGCAGAGCUUCCAUGGCACAUACGCCGUCCAGAACAGGCUGCCGCUGAAUCCUAUGGGCAGGACGGGGUUACGAGGCCGAGGAAGCCUACGCUUCUUUGGACCGAACCGUGCGCUGCACCCCAUAGUGACAUGCUGGAGAAGGAACAUGGAUGGAUCCAUUUAUAGAAAGAACCUAAAGAAAAUGCUGGAGGUCUUAGUUGUCAAGUCUCCUGUGUCAGAUCACUGGGCUCUGCCAGGGGGAUCACUGGAGCCAGGGGAAUCGCUGCCACUGAAGCUGAAGCGAGUCCUGAGGAGGGAGUUCUGGCCACAGUUCCAGAACCUGCUAAACCAAGGUGCAGAGGUAUACAAAGGCUACGUCGAUGACCCCAGGAACACGGACAAUGCCUGGAUCGAGACAGUGGCCAUCAACGUGCACUUUGAAGAUCAGAACGACAUGCAGAUGAAGCGGCUGAACUCGUUUCUCCAGGGCAGGGACCCAGAGCCGUGUGUCCGGUGGCAGCUGGUGGACAAGAGAAUUCCGCUGUAUGCAAACCACAAGGAACUGCUGCAGAAGGUGACUACUCUUUUGGGGGCCUAUUACUGAUAUUACGGCUGCCACCUGGGAUGGAUUUUCCAGAGCUGGGAGAAGCGUCAUGGAGAUCUGCUUGCCUGGUCCACUUAUCUCCUGUUGCUCUAGACUGGGGCUUUGGGUGUGUACCUUGGCUUAACCCUUCAGGCUCAGCGGGACCAUGAAUAACAUGCCAUGCUACAUGA